GUUGCGAAUAAAAUAACAAAGUAUAACUGACGUGUCCUAAUAAGAAACAACGUGGCAACACGACAGUGUUUGAGAUCUGUGCUCGCAAUUUUCGUACUUAAAGUGAUUACUUUUCUUAUAGUUCCAAAACGACGAUGUGAGCGGAAAGUGGGAAGAAGAAAGCUAAGUUAUAAAUCGCCGCCGAGUAUUUUGUUUGCUGUUCCAUCUCGUUGACAGCUGCGAAAGGUUAUGUCUACGAUGAUCACGUCAGUGACAUUUCGCACGGAAUAACAUAAAUCGCAUAUUUAUGCAUGGUAAUUGAGAUCGUAAUCGUCGAUGCGUCCCGCAGUCGCGCGUAUCAGUAUUCGAUCGCGAUGUGUAGUGUCCAGCGGUGAUUCUAACCUAAAUGCGAGUGCCUAACGAUCGGCGAUAACCUUGAAAAUCACCGUUUAGCAACAGUGUAGAGUGUAGACGUGGCGCGAGUGAAUAUUCAUCGUUAACUGGCUCGCAGGGGCAACAAUAUGAGGAGGAAAUUAGAAAAGGAGGAUCAUUCCUUGGAGGAUGGCACCGUCGACGCGAACAGCGUCCAGGAGUCCUCCGAUUUGCGGGGCGACGAGAAAAACAUCGCGAUCCUGUUCUUCUUGUAUUUGCUACAAGGAAUCCCGCUGGGAUUGUGUGGCUCGAUUCCUAUUUUGUUACAGAACGGAAAGGUUUCGUAUCGGCAACAAGCUGAAUUCAGUUUCGUACAAUGGCCGUUCUCGUUAAAGCUCCUUUGGGCGCCCAUAGUAGAUUCUAUCUUCUCCAAAAGAUUCGGGAGGAGGAAAACUUGGUUGAUUCCCACUCAGUACUUAAUGGGCAUGUUUAUGCUUCUCCUAUCGAAUUAUGUCGAUCACUGGUUGGGCAAGAAGCACGAAGAGCCCAAUAUCGAAAUGCUGACUGUGUUAUUUUUCGCUUUGAACGUGCUCGCUGCAACCCAGGACAUCGUGGUAGACGGAUGGGCGCUCACGAUGCUUAAACGGUGCAACGUCGGGUAUGCAUCGACUUGUAACAGUGUCGGCCAAACGGCCGGUUAUUUUAUCGGCUACGUCUUGUUCAUUUCGUUGGAAUCUGCCGAAUUUUGUAACAGCUACUUGAGAUCAACCCCUUCCGACGAAGGCAUAUUAACUUUACCUGGAUUUUUAUACUUUUGGGGCUGGAUGUUUGUUAUCACGACGACGUUCGUAGCAUUGUUUAAACACGAAGACAAGGGCAGGACUCCGAAAGGCGAAGAGUUAAACAUGGAUAUUAAACAUGCAUACAAGCUGCUGUCGGACAUAGUUAAAUUGCCUGCCAUAAAGACUACGAUCAUCUUCCUCCUAACUGCGAAGAUCGGAUUUUCGGCCUGCGACGCUGUAACCAGUUUAAAGCUCAUAGAAGCUGGUUUCCCGAAAGAGAAGCUCGCUUUCCUGGCCGUACCGAUGAUACCGUUGCAGAUCAUUUUGCCGUUAAUUAUCUCGAAGUACACCGCUGGUCCUAGACCCAUGAACGUUUACAUGAAGGCCAUGCCCUAUAGGCUCGCCUUCGGCCUGAUAGCGGCGUUUUUGGUCUGGGUUACGCCGUUCGUUGUAAUCGACGGACACGUGCCCGCUUACUACGUGCUCGUGCUGAUAGGUCUUUAUUUUAUACAUCAGAUUUCUGUAAGUAGUAUGUUCGUGGCAUCGAUGGCUUUCUUCGCAAAAGUGAGUGAUCCGACCGUUGGCGGCACUUACAUGACGUUGCUCAAUACCCUGUGUAAUCUCGGCGGGAACUGGCCCGCCACGGCCGCGCUUUGGUUCGUCGAUCCGUUGACGUUUAGACAAUGCAGUACCGAUCACGCGAAUGAUUGUAGCACAAUUACCGAGAAAGAGCUUUGUACGAAAACCGAUAACGGCGUCUGCGUUAUGCAGCUCGACGGUUACUACAUAGAGACGAUUCUCUGCUUAAUCAUAGGAUUCUCCUGGCUCAGGUGGGGGCGUAGAAAAAUUAAUAUAUUACAGGCGCAACCGAUGUCCGCUUGGAAAAUCGUGCUCUCUCGUAACAACAGGUAACAUAUCAGCACAGUGUUAUGAGCCCGUUAACGCUUUGCGGUACCUGUAAAUCCAUUAGGAAAUCGACGCGCUGAUGCAUAUACAUGUAUCACGUUCAUGUGGGGCAAUGUGCAUGCAUCAUUUUCCUGCACGUUUACGAAGUGUUCCAGUUUUAUGAUGUGCACGAGGUGAAUCGAUAUAACUGUCCAUUUACCUCGGAGAGAAUAAUAUGUUAUCUGUUAUAGAAUAUGAAGAUUUUCCCGUUAAAAGAACGCGAUAUAAUCUCAGCUGAUCAUUCCGUGAAUAAUAAAACGACUUCUAACGUUUCUCCUCAUUUCUCUGAUUUGGUUUUACUUUUAAUUAAUUAAUAUUAACAUAUUCUACAUAUAU